AUGUAUCUCGGUUAUCUUUACCAGGAUCUUUUUUUAAUUUUCUGUUAUUUAUUCUUAAAAUUCACACAGAUGGCUCAGGCUUUGGAAAUUAAUGAAGAUAAAAAGAGUGAAAAAUCAACGCGUUCAUUCAAAAAGGGUCACCGACGCGCGCAAUCAAUGCCGUCGCAUUACAUCGGAAAACAAUCACAGCGAUACACUCGAAACCAAGAAAACGAUAAAACGCAAGUGUCAGAUAAAAAUGGAGACAAAACGCAUAGACAUGUCCAACUGCCCGCGUCUAAGCAGAGAAGUGGCUGCCAAAAUCCUCCGGAUUUCGAUGCUAUUGAAGUUAUGGAAGACGACAAAGAUUUCAAGGUUCCGAUUAACGAAGAAGAAAUGAUGCAAUUCGAGGGAAUUGAGCACUCUGAAGGAGAGGAAGGUAACACUGAUGUGCACAAAAGGCACAAAAGAUUUUGGCAAGUGAAUUGGAAAGGAGUACACUUCACCGGGCUCCCGGCUUGGCCGGAAUUGGGUACAUUUAGUUCUUGUUUCAAAAGCAUUUUUUCGCUUCACACUGAGACUGGAAAUAUUUGGACGCAUAUAUAUGGCUGUGUUGCUUUCACUGGUGCGUUUGUUUGGCUUUUGAGCAGGCCAGCGAACGUUAUGGCCUGGCCAGAUAAGCUCAUUUUUUCUGCAUUUUUUGUCGGUGCAAUCUUAUGUAUGGGCCUUUCCUUUUCAUUUCACACUGUUCAAUGUCACUCUGAAAACGUUGGGAGACUUUUUAGCAAGCUUGAUUAUUCUGGUAUAUCUUUACUGAUUAUAGGUUCAUUCGUACCAUGGAUCUAUUACGCUUUCUAUUGUCGAGCAUUCGCUAUGUCUUUCUACAUUGGUAUGAUUGUUGUAUUGGGAAUAGCUGCAGUCGUUGUUUCUCUUUGGGACAAAUUUGCACAACCAAAAUUUAGACCACUUCGUGGAGGCGUUUUCUUAGCCAUGGGACUAAGCAGCAUUGUACCAGCGUUGCAUUUGGCAUUAACGGACGGUUUUAAGUGGAUGUUUGAUUAUGCUUCCUUUCACUGGCUUUUGUUAAUGGGUUUUCUGUAUAUAACUGGUGCCGCAGUUUACAUGGUUCGAUUUCCGGAGCGUUGUUGUCCAGGAAAAUGUGACAUUAUGUGUCAUUCUCACCAGCUCUUCCAUAUCUUUGUGAUAUUGGCUGCUGCUGUUCACUAUCAUGGUAUUUUGGAGAUAGCGAUGAAAAGGCUUGAGGGUGGCUCUUGCUCUGAACAAUUAAUUGAACAAAGCGGGACGGACAAGGCGGAUAUUCAAUGGAUAGACGAACAGCUACGACCAUACUAG